AUGUGGUGGAAAACGGGUAUUGUCCUUAUCACUAUAGUCUCUAGUUGGGCCUCUGCCGAGUUUGUAAAGCCAGACUUCAUUGAAAAUGUAGUCAGAAGAGCGCCCGAUUCACGAAUAGUGUCUGGUUGGGAGGCAAAACCCGGACAACAUCCGCACCAUGCGGCCCUCCGCAUGGUCAACCUGCGGGGCUCGGUCAGUGCUUGCGGGGGCUCCAUCGUGCAUCGCAACUGGAUGAUCACUGCAGCGCAUUGUACCGCAGGCUCCAUAACCGUGGUUGUUCGCGCCGGUGUGACCGACCUAACUAGGCCUGAGUACAUUUUUGAGACUACGGAAUGGUACAAUCAUCCCACAUACAACGACCUAGCUCCUAGCUUGGUGCAGCCCAACGACAUUUCUAUCGUGCGUCUCCAACGCCCGGUGAUCUAUUCUGAUAAUUUGCGCGCGAUCCGAUUACAGCCCGCUUCCGAUGCGUACAAAAACUAUGAGGGUCAAACUCUUUAUGCUAGCGGACAUGGCAGAACCUGGACAGGAGGUGGCAGCCCCGAGGUGUUGAACUGGGUGUACCUGCGCGGAGUAUCGAAUCCGUCUUGUGCGACGGUCUUUGGCUCUAUCAUCACCAGUGCAACAAUUUGCGCUCAAUUCUAUAACGUCACUUCACAGUCCAUUUGCCAGGGUGACAGCGGUGGUCCUUUAGUCACCUGGAACGAAGAUGGCGAUCCCAUCUUGGUUGGAGUAAGCUCUUUUGUGGCUGGCGGCCAGUGGGGCUGCCAUUCUGGAUUACCUGGCGCGCCCGAUUCACGAAUAGUGUCUGGUUGGGAGGCAAAACCCGGACAACAUCCGCACCAUGCGGCCCUCCGCAUGGUCAACCUGCGGGGCUCGGUCAGUGCUUGCGGGGGCUCCAUCGUGCAUCGCAACUGGAUGAUCACUGCAGCGCAUUGUACCGCAGGCUCCAUAACCGUGGUUGUUCGCGCCGGUGUGACCGACCUAACUAGGCCUGAGUACAUUUUUGAGACUACGGAAUGGUACAAUCAUCCCACAUACAACGACCUAGCUCCUAGCUUGGUGCAGCCCAACGACAUUUCUAUCGUGCGUCUCCAACGCCCGGUGAUCUAUUCUGAUAAUUUGCGCGCGAUCCGAUUACAGCCCGCUUCCGAUGCGUACAAAAACUAUGAGGGUCAAACUCUUUAUGCUAGCGGACAUGGCAGAACCUGGACAGGAGGUGGCAGCCCCGAGGUGUUGAACUGGGUGUACCUGCGCGGAGUAUCGAAUCCGUCUUGUGCGACGGUCUUUGGCUCUAUCAUCACCAGUGCAACAAUUUGCGCUCAAUUCUAUAACGUCACUUCACAGUCCAUUUGCCAGGGUGACAGCGGUGGUCCUUUAGUCACCUGGAACGAAGAUGGCGAUCCCAUCUUGGUUGGAGUAAGCUCUUUUGUGGCUGGCGGCCAGUGGGGCUGCCAUUCUGGAUUACCUGGCGGUUUCAUCCGUCCUGGGCCGUUCCAUAAUUGGUUUUAUGAAGUCACCGGAAUAAAUUUUGAUGGACUAGAGGAGGAGGAGGAAGACGUAACCAGUACGUCAACAACAUCGACAACCACGACUAGUGUGCCACCAACCACGACCACCUCAUCAACUGCGGCACCAACUACGACAACCUCAACAACUGCGGCAACAAACACGACUACCUCAACAACUGCGGCACCAACUACGACAACCUCAACAACUGCAGCACCAACUACGACCACCUCAACAACUGCUGCACCAACUACGACCACCUCAACAACUGUGGCACCAAACACGACCACCUCAACAACUGCGGCGCCAACUACGACUACUUCAACAACUGCGGCACCCAAUACGCCCACCUCAACAACUGCGGCACCCAACACGACCACCUCAACAACUGCGGCACCAACUACGUCCACCUCAACAACUGCGGCACCAACCACGACCACCUCAACUAGUGUCCCAACAACGGAACAACCAGGGAGCGAAGAAUCAGAUAAAGAAGACGAAUCUGAUUCCUCUUCUUCAGAGGAAGACCCGGAGCUUUCUGAGCUGAUGAAGAGAUUAGAGGUUAAGGUUAAAGUUAAGGUCAAACUUAGCAAGAAUGAGAAGAAACAUGAACAUGAACACAAGGUCGAUUUUUAG